UGUGAUGAUCGAAAGCACUCAAUUACUCCUUUGUCAGAAUCUAAAGCUAAAAGUUUUGUCUGAUCUAGAUGUCUGAAUGGCUAGCAAUGCAAGCUCAUUGACACUAUAGGGCCUCAUGGCUACAUGAACCUUUCCUUUUCCCUUCUGAAACUUUCUGUUUUACAAUGCUGAUCCCAAGACAGAUGCAUGUGGCAUAGCUCCCAACCCUUGUCUUUAGUCCUCUUCUUCUCUACGACACUUCAAAGAGGCUAAGCUUGUGAGGCACAAAAACAAGUUCAGUGGGCAAAAGAACAUGAUCUAAUGCAAGGUCCAGGCAGGCGGCAUCGUGACAACUUUCUCAUGCUGGUACAGCGCCCCUCCACGACCUACCAGCAUUGGAGAUCAUAAAAGUGUGUUAUCCAGAUAAAAAACAGAACAAAAGUCGGCUCCGUUAAAAGAAAUGAAAAGAAGAUCCUUCGGUGCUGUAAGACGUCCAGAGCCUGCUUGUGUGAGAAUCCUGGAAAGAGAGACACGGCUACUUGUAGGGCAGGCUUUGAAUCAUUUCACGGAGGGGCUAAAGAGCGCAGAAGCUGGACACGGUAGGGAAAGACAAAGGGGAAAGACAAAGAGAAAGAUCGGCAACAAAGGAGGAGGCGAACCAGGAGAUCAUGGCGCCGGUUGGUCUCCCCCCAGGCUUUAGGUUUCAUCCAACUGAUGAGGAGCUUGUGAACUAUUACCUCAAGAGGAAGGUCCAUGGCCAGAGCAUCGAACUCGACAUCAUCCCAGAGGUAGACCUCUACAAGUGUGAGCCUUGGGAGCUAGCAGAGAAAUCGUUCCUGCCCAGUAGAGACCCUGAGUGGUACUUCUUUGGGCCAAGGGAUAGGAAGUAUCCAAAUGGAUGCCGGACGAACCGAGCAACUCGGGCAGGAUACUGGAAAUCAACCGGUAAAGAUCGAUCCAUCAACUACCAGAAGAGGUCAAUCGGUAUGAAGAAGACAUUAGUCUUCUACCAAGGCCGAGCUCCUCAGGGGAUCAGGAGCAACUGGGUCAUGCAUGAGUACCGCAUCGAGGAAAGCGAAUGCAACAACACCAUGGGGGUUCAGGACUCCUAUGCGCUAUGUCGGGUUUUCAAGAAAAAUGUGCCGGCUGGUGAAUUUGAAAAACAAGGGGAAUGCAGCUCAUCACAGGCUAAAGGAAAUCAAGAACAGGUUACAGAAUUCGAGGAUGCUGGAGAGUCCUCAACUGCAAACGAGAAUGACAAAGACAAUUCUUGGAUGCAGUUCAUAGUGGAAGACCUGUGGUGCAGCAACAAAACCAAGUAAUGAACUAGAGAAUGCAGCUUGCUCAACAUGAUCUAACCAGAAAAUCCAGCACUAGUUACACUGCGUAUCUUUGUAUAUGUUUGAUAAAAACACUUCUCACUUUGGACAGUAUGAACACUUAAGUUUGGACUCUGAUUCUUGAUGUAGGCU